CAAAUUAAUGUCAACUCCCAGUUUAGGGGUGCUAAUGAGCGUAAAAAUAAUUUGUCUCGGUCAACUCAGAAUUCUUUUCAUACAUAUCAAAAACUAGCGCUAAAGCGAGCUGAACGAAUGGCUGAUGAGUAUUUAAGCAAAGGGGAACAGUUGGAAAAUAUCAUUCAGUGGACCUACUUCUUCAUCUAAAUCUACUACAAUGGGACACAGACUUAACUUGGCGUUCGUUAUCUUGGCAUUGGCAACUCUUCUGCCAGCUCAAGAGAGCAGUGCACAGGCACUUUAUUAUGGUCCUGCAGCAUAUGAUGGUACAGGAUUUGAUCAAGGAUUUGGUCCAGCUGGAGCUGGAUAUGGACCUGCUUCACUCGGAUAUCGAUAUGGUCAAGGAUACUAUCCCUUUGGACGAGGUUAUAGUAAGGUGUCUCCCCCUUGGGCCGGUUCACCAUUCCAAACUGGUCCUGGUACUCUCCGCUACAGCCCCUCAUUAAGAUUAUACGACUCUGGCAGCUACACUUAUCCCAAUGGUUUGGGCGGACACGACACCGUACGCACUACCGGAUAUGACACGAAAAGGUCAUAUUUCGGAUAUGGCGCCUCAUCUUUUGGAUACAAUGGAGAAGGAGGGCCAUAUGGACCAGUAGCUUCAGUGCCAGGUGAAUACUAUGGAGCAGUAGUUGCUCCAGGGUCAGCUGGAUACUAUGGACCUAAUUUUGGUGCAGAACCAGCAUAUCCUCAAGCAUUAGCCUACUAAUAAUUAAGAUAGAGAAGAUACUCUUUAUUCUUCUUCCUAUAACAAUAAUUUUCAAAUAUGAGUGUUCCUAAUUGAAUUCAUAUCAAUAAAGGCGUCUUCAAUUGA